AUGGCUAAAAAGCGGUCAGGCAAAAACAGAUCGCAUCAAAAGAUCCAGGAUGCUUUUCAGCUUGCAGAACGAGCUGAGGCACGAGACAGAGGCGACAACGAAAAUCUGCAGUCUGAAGAAGAUCAGGAUGAAGAGUUACCUUUGAAAGAGGGAGUUUUGGAUGCAAGAAAGUUUCUUAAAGAAGAAGACCAAGAGAGUGAUCUUGAGGACGAGGAGCUUGAUUCGGACGAGGCUCUUGCACUGGACGACGACUACGAUGUGCUAAGCUCCAAAUUUUCUCAGACGAUAAGAGAUAAGCAGAAGAGGAGAAAGGGAAAGCGAAGCGAGGAGUCAGAAAGUUCUGAAGACGAAGGCUAUAGUAGCAUCGAUGAGUCGCAGCUAGUAACGUUAUCUGAGGCUUGGGAUAUGGAUGACAGAGAUUCUUCGAAGAAGAAGAAGCUGGACGAGGAUGUUGUUCUAGAUGAUGCUCGAGAGUCUGAGUCUGAAAGUGAACUUGACUCGGAAGAAACGGAAGAGAAGAGUGACUUGUUUAAAAAUGCCCCAACUUUGGACUCCGAGUCAGGGUCAGAAGACGAGGAGUCGGGAUCAGAAGGGGACUCCGAGGAGGAAACCGGAUCUGAUGAGUCAGAUGAAACCGAUUCUGAAGACGAACGUGCCAUAUUAGGCGGAUCUGACGAUGAAGACGUGGAACUCAAGUCGACACUCAACACAGUGAAGGCCAAGGUGAAAACGCCUCAUGAACAUAGGAGACUUGUGAACGAAACGAGAGAGGCAAAUGUAUUUUCUGUACCCGCAGGCGGCGAGGAGCUUUCGCUUGCUGAUAUGCUUGGUGGGGUCGAGGGUGCCGAUGAUGCACAUUUGAUCGAUAAGGAUGAAGAGCCUAAGCAUGUGGCGGUGCCACUUCCCAAAAGAAUUCAAAUCAGGAACGAUAGGAGAGCUGCUUAUGAGAUCACCAAGGAGGAGGUCAACAAGUGGAGGGAAACAGUGAGAACUUUGCAAGAGGCUGAUCAUCUUGAGUUUCCUCUUGCGCCACCAGCGACUGCUGAAGAACAAGAAGAGAUUGAUCCAGAAAAAGAGUUGGAUGCUCUUCGGUUUGUUCCAGAGACGGAUACCCGCACAGAGCUCGAGAACAAGAUUCAUGGCAUUUUAGAGGCAGGUGCGCUUGUGGAUGAGUCUAAGGAGGCCACUUUCGAACAAAUUGAAGCGGCCAAGCUUUCGAAAGAAGAUAUGUUCAAGAGAACCCAGGAGCUCAGAAGAAUGAGGGAGCUCAUGUUCCGUGACGAGCAACGUGCCAAACGUAUCAAGAAGAUCAAGUCGAAACAGUACAGGAAGAUUAGGAAGAGAGAGCGUUUGCGGGAUGCUGAGUUGGUGGAAGGUUCUGAUGCCGAAGAGGAUCCCGACGAGCAUGAUAGGAAGAGAGCUGAAGAAAGAAUGUCACAGAAACACAAGACUCAGUCGCUGUGGGCAAAACAGAUGAUAAAGCUGGGGAUGUCUAAAGAUGCACUGAGUAGAGAACAACUCGAGGAAAUGCUUAGAAGUGGAGAACGUUUGCGUGCAAAGCAGUUAGGCGCUAUCAACGGUGUACAAAGUGACGACAACGUCUCGGAUAUCGAAAGAGAAUACGAAAAUGAUGAGGAUGAUACCGCGGAGAGAGAAACUCUUGGUAAGGGUAUUAUGGCCAUGGACUUCAUGAAGAAUGCGGAGGAGAAAAGACGGAGAGAGAACAAAAGAGAGCUCGAAUUUCUCAGAGGUGUCGACUCCAACACAGGUAUCGAAGAAUUUGAAGGUGUAUCGAAGGAGAAAAACUCGAUAAACCAACUCAAAAACGAAGGUAGAAGAGUGUACGCUCCUAAGGCGGCCGCGGAGGCUGAGGACAUGGAAGAAUUGGAGGAAGAAUUAAUUCAUGACUACCGUGACGAUGAAGCAAAGAGUUUGGUGAACAGAAUGUCGGGCAAGUCCAGAGGCCGUGAGCGUUCGGCCGAAGAUCGUGAUGACAGUGAUGCCUCCGACGCAGAGGAAGAGCCACCCGCCAAAAAGUACAAAACAGAAGAGCAGAACGCAUCUGAUUUCGGAGGCUUCUCUGACGAAAGCGAGAAAGAGGAUGGUUCAGGCAGUGAAGAGGCUGAAGAGAAUCCAUGGUUGACCGUUGGAGACGACGAGAAUGUAACAUCGGCGAAGACAAAGAAGUUCUCCACCGUCACGGAAGACUCGUCGAAACUUUCGAAGGCCGCCAAUAAGAUCGAGAAACACAAAAGCAAACAAGACAAAUUCAAGGGCUCGACAAAGCCAGCCACCUUGAUUGACAUGAAAAAGGUCAUGGAAGUGAAUGGCAAGGGUGACGUUCAUGGCAGUGAUGACGAACAAAGUGAAGAAGAAGAUGAAAGAGAUAAUCGCAUGUUCAAACAGCAAGGUCUUAUAAAAGAAGCCUUUGCCGGAGACGAUGUGGUGAGUGAAUUCCAAGAAGAGAAAAGAAAACUCAUCGAAGAAGAAGACGACAAAGAAGAAGACAUGACGCUACCCGGAUGGGGUUCUUGGGGCGGCAGUGACGCUCCAAAAAAACCGAAGAAGAAAUACGUCAGAAAGAUCGAUGGUGUUGUUCAGAAGGAAAAGAGACAAGACAAGGAUAAGGAUAAUGUCAUCAUCAACGAACGAUUGAACAAGCACAACUUGAAAUAUCAGUCUUCCAAUGUUCCUCAUCCAUAUGAAACCAGAGAACAAUACGAAAGAGCAUUGAGAAUGCCAAUCGGCGAAGAAUGGGCAUCAAGAGCCACUUUCCAGAAAGCCACUUUGCCUAGGGUCAUUGUUAAACAAGGUACGGUUGUUGACCCUUUAAAGGCACCUUUUAAAUAA